CGACCUUAGAAUGUAAAUAUUCGUGGACGUUCCGUCCACGGGAAUUGUAUUUUGCCGUAAAUAAUAUUUAUUAUUUUUGAAUAUGAGUUUUAUCGCUAAAAGUUUUUCGAGCAUCACUUCGACGUUACUCGGCAGAUCUCUCGGAGGAAAUUUAUCCUACCUCACAGAACAAUGUUUUACCAAAACAUUUCGAGGAUUCGAGCAGAUGCGAAUGAUGGGUUCAUCCUUGUGGCAAAUGCACCGAAAAGGUCCGCACGUGAAGAAACGAACGAAAAAGGGCCCGCUGGACGGCAAGCCGUUCGCCAAGGGCGUGGUACUGAAGACUUUGAUAAAGAAACCGAAGAAGCCAAACUCAGCGAACCGGAAGUGCGUGCUCGUGAGGUUAUCGACUGGCAAAGAAUUAGUUGCGUAUGUUCCUGGCAUCGGGCACAAUCUACAAGAACACAACAUCGUACUCUGCCGCGUUGGACGACUCAAGGAUUGCCCGGGUGUUAAGAUCAAAUGCGUUCGUGGAGCUUACGAUUUGAGUCACGUUGUUAAAACUGUACAAAAAUAAUUCACCGACUAUCAUCGUUGUUAACUCUCAUUAAAUAUUCUGUCUUAUGCGAUAGAAGAAAAUCGA